GGCGCGCGCACAGCACAGCGGUCAGUGGGAGCCGGCAGAGAGAAGGUGAAGGUGGAUUCGACUGAGCUGAUGUGUGUUUCUAAUACUCUUCAUUUCUCCUCUGGACAAAAAAACACAAAAAAUCCAGGAAAUUAGUCUCAUUUUGUAUCUUUCCUUUUGUUAUUUGGCGGUGUUUUGCCGGUGUUGACAUACAUGGACUGGAAGCAGCGUUGCGAAGAGUGAGGAGCAUCAUUUGCCUUCACCGGAUAUUCUCUCUUAAUGACACAAUAUGGAUACAAUAUUCUGAGGGAUAUUGUCGCCUGCUAUAUGGGAUUCGUUUUCGACGAAACUGCCUUGUUUUGGAGAAGAGCACCUUGGGCAUCAUGAGUUCCAGUGAGUACCACCGUGGCUCUACAGGAGAUGAGCGAAGAGCUGGGCCAAUUCGGUGUCAACGAUGUCGGGAAGUGUGCAAAGGAGAGGUGGUUCGAGUUCAAGAUACUCACUUUCAUGUCAAGUGUUUCACCUGCACAGUAUGUAACUGUGAUCUGGCGAGGUCAGGCUUCUUCCAGAAAAAGGGCGAGUACAUCUGCACAGCGGACUACCAGCGUCUGUACGGGACACGGUGCAACUGUUGUGGCAACUUCAUCACAGGCGAGGUGGUCUCGGCUCUGGGACGGACUUACCACCCAAAGUGCUUUGUCUGCAGUGUCUGCAGUAAACCCUUUCCCAUCGGAGACAGAGUGACAUUCAGUGGAAAGGACUGUGUGUGCCAGCAGUGCUCUCACUCACUCACUAAGCCAAAUGAACCUAUCAAAAUCCACGGGCCCAGCCACUGUGCCGGAUGCAGAGCAGAGAUCAAGCAAGGUCAAUCUCUCCUGGCGCUGGAGAAGCAGUGGCACGUCAGUUGCUUCAGGUGUCAAACAUGCAACAUAGUCCUCACCGGGGAGUACAUCAGCAAGGACGGAGUACCCUACUGUGAGGCAGACUACCAUGCCCAGUAUGGGGUGAAAUGUGAGGCCUGCAGCAGAUACAUAAGUGGAAGGGUUCUGGAGGCUGGAGGAAAGCACUACCAUCCAACCUGUGCCCGCUGUGCCCGCUGUAACAUGAUGUUUAAAGAGGGAGAAGAAAUGUACCUGACAGGAUGUGAGGUGUGGCACCCAUUAUGCAAACAGGCAGCAAGAGCAGAGAGGCGACUAAGGCAUAGACGCCUGUCAGAAACCUCCAUCUCUCCCCCAGGCUCCUCCAUUGGCUCCCCCAAUAGGGUUAUAUGUGCCAGAUUGGAGCAUGAGUUCCUAGAUUAUAAGGACCUAGCUGCCCUACCAAAGAUCAAAGCCAUUUAUGCGGUCCAGCAGCCAGACCUCAUAUCCUCCUCAUACCAGCCCUACCACAGAUACACCUCUGAUGACAGGCUAGACACUUACAUCUAUGGGGAGUCUCUUGGGACACUCUCUCCCUAUUCUCAGGACUAUGACUGCUUGGACAUAAAGCAGAGGCGAUGCUCCAGUCCAAGUUAUAUUGACUCCCCAACCUACAGUCGUCAAGGGACGUCACCUAUCAUGCCACGCUCUCCGCAGCACUUUGCGUACCCCGGUUCCGAGAGCGGUAGAAGCUCACCUUAUUAUGGCCAAGAGGGGCGGUCCAGCACGCCGACUACCAACCAGCCCCCAAAACAUUUCCAUGUACCAGCCACAGGGGAGCCCAACAUCUACAGGAAGCCUCCCAUCUAUAAGAGAACGGACAAUCAUCUGAAUGCAGCCACCAAAAGUAGGACCAGUGAGGACAUCCUGAGGUCUUCCGGACUGUCCACCUACUCUCCUGAGCCAUACACCCAGUCUGAGUGUGACUACUACCCGUACCCCAGCUCCCCCAGGGCCUAUCGAGUGCCGAGGAGACGGUUCUCAACAGGAGGAGAUGAAGAGAGUUGGAGUCACGGUCUUCAAAGAAUUGGGAGUGGCAUAGGGAGGAUGAUCUUAAAGGAGGAGAUGAAAGCCAGAUCUGGUUCCUAUGACAACGACCCCUGGGGUAGUGCGAGGAAUUCUCGUAGUGGGAGCAAGGAAACCCUCAACACGACAAGCUACAGCUCCACGGCCUACAACAACACCAUCAACGGAUCACCACGAUCCCAAUACAGCACUGACAGUGAUUUUGUUUGCAAGUCUGCCUCACUUCCAGGAUAUAGACGCAAUGGCAUGCAACGACCUCAGAGUGCAGACUGCUACCAGUACCAAUAUGACAGCAAUGAGGUCAACUGGGCAACCAGAGAACACACGGUUUACCCCUAUGAAGCGCUCAUUGUCACCACCAGAGGUCGGAACAGGCUCCCGAAAGAUGUGGAGAGAGCCAGACUGGAGCGUCACCUUUCCCCAGAAGAGUUUAGGCAAGUGUUUGGCAUGACCAUCGAGGAUUUCGACAGGCUGGCUUUAUGGAAGAGGAACGAGCUCAAAAAACACAGGCCAGGCCUCUUCUAA